UACUUUUUUGUUGUGCUCUAUUCGUUUCGUGUGUGUUUGCAAUUGUAAUUGUGUCUGCAAUAAUAAUAAAUUUAAUUAAUUUGAAUUAAACAAAUAUUGUUUUCCACAAAAAAUUUAAAGAAACAAACUAUAAUUUAAAAGGUUGGUGCUAGUUAUUAAAAGAUAAAAACAUUUUUAAUUAAAGAAAAUAUUGUGUAAAAUUUCUCAUUUAUGUUCGCGGCGUUUGGCGUCGGUUUUUCCAACUGCAAUUGGUAUUAUUAUUGGGCUUCGAUCUUCCAGAGAAAACCUUCUUCAGAGAAAACCUACGUUAAUAAGUUCUCCUUUUGAAAAAUGUCAGCCAAGACUUCAACACAGCCGGGUCGUCGUACACCAUUGUCAUUGAGUGGGACCGUCACUAAACCCCAUCAAAAUAAAGGUGGCAGUAAUGCUGCUGGCAACAAUGCCAAUUGUCACACUUCAUCCAAUACCAAUAAGCAAGACAAUAAAUUGCAACAUACGAAGUCUGAGCAACAACAGCAGACAGUUAAUAAUGCAGAUACUAAAGAAAAUCCAAAUAAAAAACAACAACAGGCUGAUAAAAAACAACAGCAACUAAAUGAAAAUAAUAAAAAAUCGAAUGAAAAAAAUCAGAAUGGUGUAAACAGUAAUAAACAGCAGGCUAAUGAAAGCAAACAACAACAGAAUAAGGAUAAACAGCAAAAUGGCAAUGAAAACAAAUUAAAUGAAAAAGAGAAAAAAGAAAAGGCGGAAAAGCUGAAUAAACCAGAUAAAUUGGAAAAACAACAGGAUAAAGUGGAAAAAAUCGAAAAAGUAGACACUAAAAUAAAGGAGAAUAAAGUAGAAGAGGAUAAAAAACAGGAACAAGAAAAAUCUGACAAUAAAAGAGAAGAAAAACAGCCUAAGGAGGUGAAGGAAGACAAGGAGGAUAAAAAGGAAGCGGUUGCUGAAAUCAAUGAGAAAGUCGAACCACAACAAAUUAAAUAUGAUGAUAAAAAAUCAAAAGAUGAAAACCAAGUUAAAAAUGCCGAUCAAAAACCUAAGGAAAUUGUUGAAAAUAUGGAGGUUGUAGAUGAACAAACACCAUCACAGCAAAAAUCUCCACCGGUCACACCUAAAACCAACACUAAGGCCAACAAAACUUCGACUCCUGUCAAUAAAACUCCAACAAAAGCCACCGAAAAGACUCCACAGAAGUCGACGCCAUCUAAAAAUUCAGUGAAAACUACUCCCAUCACUAAACGGGAAGUAACCACAACUAUAGAUGAUAAUGAUGACAUUGAAAUGGAACCUUUGGCUAUAGAAAGUUCACCCGUAAAAUCAUUGGAAACACAAGAUGUGGCCCAUAUCAAUAUUGCUCCUUCGGCUACAUCAACUCCCGGCAAAGCGCUUUUGCCAAAGCGUAACACAGCUGCUCCAAAAUCCGAAGUGCAACUUGCUAUACAAUCUGGUAUUUCGCCUGAACGCCCUCGAGCAUUUUCACAAAUUUCGGGACGUAAGAGUAUACGCCCUAUUUCGGAUUAUACACCUUCUAAAUUUCAAUGCAAUCCACAAUUUCGUGAAUCUUAUAGACGUAUCAAUACCGAAUUGGAUGUCACAAAUACCAGUAUGAAUGUUACAGUCGGUUCUGAAGUGCCCAAUAAUUUGUCAUUCUCUUUCUUUGGCCGUGGACGCAAACGUGAUCGUACACCACCACAACAUUCUCAAUCAGCCAUUGGCGAAUUGCAAACUGAUAUGGAGAUUUCACCACCCAAGAGAGCACGCCUAGACAUGCAUGGCUUUUUCAGUGCUGUCUCUUCGCCUCUUUCACUGUUACGCAAUCGUUUCUCCAAGGCCACAUUACAAAGCAGUACUCCCGUUAAGUUACAAGAAAAACUUAACGCAGCAGAGGAUGAAAUCGAAGUUCAAAAUGUAUCUGGUGUAUCUGUUCAUGAAGAAAUUGGCAAGUCAGAUAAAGAAACUACAGAAACCAAUACAACAGUUAAUGAUGAUAAUAACGCAACUUUGGGUGAGGAAGCCAAGGAGACAAAACUCAAGACAGGUACUGAAACACCGACAUCUGCUCAAGGAGAUUCUGAAGGCAAAGAAUUUACAGAUGUUUCGUUGAAAACCUGCGGUAUGGAACAAUCAUGCGAACAGUCGGACAUCAAAAUCACAGAGACUCCUUUGCAGCCUGUUGUCGGAGAUCCGAUGGCCAAAAAUAAAAGAUGUAUUGUUAUGUAAACCAUUUUAAUUUGUAUAACACUUAGAGUUAAUUUUUAAUGUAUAAUCAUCAAAAUCUUACAUAU